GAAGAGAUAGUCACAAAAUCAGGAAAGAGAGGGAAAAGUAACAGAAGAAUCUAGGGGAAAUAAUUCCACAAAAGCCAACGGGGGCAGGAAAAGGCUCUGGGCAAGAAACCGCUUUCCUGCUUGUGACUGGGGAAUGGUUGAGAAUGGAAACUGAUCUGUAUGGAGCGGGAACGUGGGGCUUUCGAGCGAAAGGAAAAAUCCUGUAGAGUGGAUUGUAAGGAACUCUGCUAACAAAAGAGGGGGCGAGCCAGGGAGCCAUGCAUCCAGAUGUUGCUGCUGCUACCAGGCUGGAACUGGAGUUCCCCAAAAUGAGAACUGAAGGUAAAAGAGCUGCAGCCCCGCUACUGCCACUGAGAAAGGUGAUCUGUCGCCAUGCCAGGUGCUGACACGAUGACAGCUAGCAAGGCAGCCGACGUGAGCAGCAAGUCUGAAAACGGUGUCUGCAAAUCCAUUGAGAGGGUCAAGCUUGCAAGUAAAAAUAAUAGAAACACUGUGAAGGAAUUAGAAGGACUUUGGUUUGGGUCUUCAAGUGAAAAUUAUUCUGAAGGUGCCAGUUUCACUCUGAGUCUAGGACCUAAAGCUGAACAAGUUUCUUCUGUGGUGAAAAGCCCAUUGAAAUCACUGGAGAACUUGAUGCUGGAUCCAAGGCUAGAUUGCUUUCAGCAGAACAUGCUGAGUCCCAAAAUGAUUAUCAGUGACCAAUCUGUGGAUCUUAAUGUCAAGGAGAGCAGCAAAAUCAUAAGGAGACAGAUAGGAGGCACUCAGAAUUUACAGUCAGCUGGGAAAGUCAGUUUGAGGAAUAAGCCCUUCAGUAUCAAGGACAAGAUUUCCGAGUGGGAAGGGAAAAAGGAAACACCUUCUCCUCUGGUCAGUCGGAAGGAGGAAGAGCAAGGAGUUAAAGAGGAGCACAAGAUGCCAUGUGUGGUGGAGAAGAUGAGUGGGGAAGUUUUGGGGCCUAGGAAAGUGGACACCAAGAGACUUAUAACCUGGGAGUUGGAAUGCAAAGGGAUAGGCAAAGAGAAUGAAAGAAGAGUGGGCACUUCAAAGAGCAUGGGGCAGGGAACAGAGAGGAAAGUGGAAAUGCAGGAGAAGGAAGAGGAGGUUGAUUCCAGUGUUGGAAAAUGCAAGGAGGUGAAAGGUGGUAAGUGGGAGGUCCAGAAAGAGAACCUUUCAGUACUGACUCAGGUCAAGAAACUGGAGCAGGCCUUGAAAGAAGGAUCAGCAGAAUUGCAGCCACAGUUGCCAGGUACUUAUUAUUCCCCACACUGUCUGCAGGAGAAGGCAGAUGAGGGACAAACCUUCCCAGAGGACCAGGAAGGUGUAUGUGGCUCUGAACUCAAUAAGAGGCUCCUCAGCUUAGACUCAGAAAUCAGUGAGCCCAUUUUUGGGACUCUGGAAGAGGUGAAAGCAUCUCAAGUGAAAUGCAAGGAUCACAGCAUGGAGAAUGUGUACACAGAACCAGGGAUACCGGAGAAGAAACCCUUCAUCAACCCACUUCCAAAGCCCAGGCGAACUUUCAAACAUGAGGGAGAAGAGGGAUGGAUUCCGGCAGCUAGAAAUAAGAGAAACUUGCCCCCUCUGCCAUCUAUACCUCCCCCUCCUCUCCCUUCUUCUCCUCCCCCAUCAGCUGUCAGCAGAAGACUAUGGAAUGGGAAACAUAAGAAUAAUGCUGACCACAGGAAGUCCUAUGAGUUUGAAGACUUGCUGCAGUCGUCGUCCGAGAAUGGCAGGGUGGAUUGGUACGCUCAGACCAAGCUGGCCCUCACACGCACUUUAUCUGAGGAAAACGUGUAUGAAGACAUUCUGGAUCCACCAUCGAAGGAAAACCCCUAUGAAGACAUUGAGAUGAACAGCCGCUGCCUGGGGAAGAAAUGUGUCCUGACUUUCCCAGCAUCCCCCACCUCCUCUGUACCUGGCACGCCCUCCAAGUUGCUUUCCAAACCCAUUUUCUUUCGACAAAACUCAGAGCGGCGGAGUUUCAAACUGCUGGACAUACGGAAACUGAGUCGUGACGGUACUGGGUCCCCUUCCAAAAUCAGCCCUCCCUCUACCCCCAGCAGCCCAGAUGAUACCUUCUUCUCCCUGGGAGAUUCUCAGAAUGGCAAGAGGAGAAGGAAGAUUCCCAAGCUGGUAUUGAAAAUCAACGCCAUUUAUGAGGCCCGAAGGGGGAAGAAGCGCGUCAAGAGGCUGUCCCAGUCUACGGAGAGCAAUUCAGGGAAAGGUCUCGAGCGUUCCUUCAAAUUCAUGCGAGAGGCAGAGGAUCAGUUGAAAGCCAUUCCCCAGUUUUGCUUCCCCGAUGCUAAAGACUGGGCGCCCAUCUACCAAUUUGCCAGUGAGACCUUCUCCUUUGUCCUGACUGGUGAGGAUGGGAGUAGACGGUUUGGAUAUUGCAGAAGGCUACUGCCCAGUGGGAAAGGGAAGCGUCUCCCUGAAGUUUACUGCAUUGUGAGCCGCCUUGGAUGCUUCAACCUCUUCUCUAAGAUCUUGGACGAGGUUGAGAAAAGACGGGGGAUUUCCCCUGCUUUGGUGCAGCCUCUCAUGAGGAGUGUCAUGGAAGCUCCUUUCCCUGCGCUGGGCCGGACCAUCACCAUCAAGAAUUUCCUACCAGGCUCAGGGACUGAAGUAAUUGAGCUGCGGCGGCCUCUGGACUCGAGACUUGAGCAUGUUGAUUUUGAGUCCCUGUUCUCCUCUCUCAGCGUCCGGCACCUGAGCCGAGUGUUUGCGUCCCUGCUUUUGGAGAGAAGAGUGAUCUUUAUAGCAGACAAACUCAGCACCUUGUCGAAGUGUUGUCAUGCCAUGGUGGCUCUCCUCUACCCCUUCACCUGGCAGCACACCUACAUCCCCGUGUUGCCGCCUUCCAUGAUUGACAUUGUGUGCUCACCAACCCCAUUCCUGAUUGGCCUGCUCACCAGCUCACUGCCCCGCCUCAAGGAGCUACCGGUGGAAGAGGUCCUUGUGGUUGACCUCGUUAAUAACCGGUUCCUCAGACAGAUGGAGGACGAGGACUCCAUCCUGCCUCGGAAGCUGCAGGCGGCGCUAGAGCACAUCCUGGAGCAGAGGAAUGAGCUGGCUAGCGACAAGGAGGAGGGCUCUCUGAAUGGCAGACACGAGUCCAGCCCCUUGAACGAAGUGGUGUCUGAAGCCUUUGUUCGUUUCUUUGUGGAGAUCAUGGGCCACUACUCCCUGUUCCUGACCCCCAGCGAGCGAGAGGAGCGGACCCUACAGCGGGAGGCCUUCCGCAAGUCUGUCUCCUCCAAGAGCCUUCGACGCUUCCUGGAGGUCUUCAUGGAAACCCAGAUGUUUGGGGGAUUCAUUCAGGAACGGGAGCUGCGGAAACAGGGGGUCAAAGGUCUGUUUGAGGUACGUGCCCAGGAGUACCUGGAAACGCUCCCCAGUGGAGAGCAGAGUGGAGUCAAUAAAUUCCUGAAAGGACUCGGUAGCAAAAUGAAAUUCCUCCACAAGAAAUAAGAGUCACGAGCACCAUCGUUCCAUGGAAUAGAAGGAUUUUACAAUUCAGCUAGGGUGACCAGAUAGCAAAUGUGAAAAAUCGGGACGGGGGUGGGGGGUAAUAGGCGCCUAUAUAAGAAAAAGCCCUGAAUAUUGGGACUGUCCCUAUAAAAUCAGGACAUCUGGUCACCCUAAAUUCAGCAGAAACAAAAUGAACUGUUACCAACCAUUCCCACUUAGCCUGCUCCCAAGGGGGUGACAGCCCUGGAUGCUGAGCUCUGGAGGCAGAAAGGCCAGGGUUUGCUCUUGUGUGAAAGUGGCCCCAUGAGAUGAACAGAUGGCGGUAGAGCAGCCUGGAGAGGUCUCUGGACUCCUACAGUAACAUGCACUGGACCAAGCACUCUAAACUCUGCAGUAGCAUUUUGCAGACCUCCAAAUGGAUUUGAUUUCUUAGUUAUUAUACUUUUGUUCUAUUUAUAUUGGGGUUAGGAAAAAUAUUAACCAUUGACACAUGCCCUGCCUCCUUUCCGAGUGGCACUGUUGGAUGUGAUAAUGGAGACUGGGGGGAAAGGGUCGUAUUACCCAGGACUGAGAACGAAGGAGGAGAGAAAUAGAGGAAACAUAUGAAAAUAGGUCUUGACAAAAACGAGGACGCUGAGAACUGCAGGGAUGCUGAAGGACAUGGGCAGGUUGUGCUUACGAAUGAGGAAAGGAGGUGGAGGGGGAACCACUAAACCUACUGAGAACUUGAUAUGCCAGCCAACUAAUCGACCGCUAUGCUCUGCAAGGCAGCUGUGUCACAGGCCUCGUGGAGAGGUCUUUCCUUGUAUUGUCUAAGUUGAGAACCUUACACAAUGUAAUUAAAAGUGA